CCCCGCGCGCUAGACUUUCCUCUAGCUAGAUAGCACCAGGACUCCAAGUGAUGUCAUCCUCAUUCUUAUGAGGAGCUAGCUUUUCCAACUAAACCAGUAUUUGAUUGUAGAGAAACUAUUGAACGGAAUUACAGGCGGAAGGACGCUUUCUCUGAUCAUCAUAGACACAGAUUCGAUGCUCUUGGUGAGGGCUGCACAUCAGCUGAUGCUCGCGAACCGGACUGCACCACCGACAACCAUGGCACCAGCAUCCUCUAUACUAGCGUCGCUACUUGAAUUUAAAUCACAUUUGGAAUGCCUAAAAGUGAAUCUCACAUCAUUUCUGGAACAUAAAGCUUUAAUGUGGUCUGCUUAGGAUGCUACAUGUAUCAUCGCUAACAGAUUCUUCGCCUUAUCGUCGUUAGUAGCCGCCCAUUAAGUGAUUCUGUGGAUGAUAUUUCCGCUCAGGAUUCGAACACUUUGCAACAUCCGUCUAAGCGUCUGGCAGAAAUGUGCAUUUAUGAACAUUUUGGAUAACGUGAUACUAUGAUUUAUUUGCAUGUUUGUUUUUAUGUUUAUUUAGUGGUUGAAACUAACAAAUAGGUUUUGUCGGGUUUCUUUUCUUGCGCUGGGAUGUACAGGGCCGAGUUCAACAGUUCUACCUUUGACGGUUCUUUGCCGCACAACUGGAGCUUGUAGUAGCCUAUGCUCAUGUGUUUUGAUGAAGCACCCCAAAAAAGUGAAAGGACUUUUGAUGUCUCACAUCCUUCGUAUUUGAUACCGUUUCUACCUCAAUAUCCAUGCGCUUUUGGAUUUCUUAUCCAGUCAUCCUCCAAAACCUACUGGAUUUAUUUUUACUGGGGUUAAUAACACAUUGCCUUCCUGCUCUCCUUCACCCGCGUGCUCCAUCUGAAAACAUCCUUGAAAGCCCGUCUUGUGGUCAAUGGUCAUUGUGGUGCUGCAAUCCAUAGAGCAAUAAAGUCGAGAGUUGGACGUUGCCUCUCAUCUCAGGAUUAAACCAUGGCCAAUGAACCUGUCAUCCUUAAUGUUUAUGAUAUGUACUGGAUCAAUGAGUACACAUCCAAUCUGGGUAUUGGAGUCUUCCACUCGGGCAUAGAGAUUUAUGGCAGAGAAUUUGCAUAUGGAGGUCAUCCAUACCCUUUCAGUGGCAUCUUUGAAAUCAACCCUGGAAACGCCACUGAAUUAGGAGAGACCUUCAAAUUCAAGGAGGCCAUUGCUUUGGGCACAACAGACUUCACAGAGGAGGACAUAGACAAAAUCAUGGAGGAACUAGGCAAAGAGUUCAAAGGCAAUGCCUACCAUCUCAUGCACAAGAACUGCAACCACUUUUCCUCCUCACUGUCUGAACUGCUGUGUGGGCGGGAGAUCCCUCGCUGGGUAAACCGGUUGGCGUACUUCAGCUCCUGCAUCCCCUUCCUGCAGACCUGCCUGCCUAAGGAGUGGCUGACCCCUGCCGCUCUGCAGAGCCACAUCAGCAUGGGGCUCCACAAGGAGGAGCAUGCAGAGUCCAGUGACGAGGACCCGCCUUCCGCCGCGGGCGCCACAUCGGGCUCCUCCCACAGCUGUCGCCACACACGGGUGUGAAGGACCACAAACGCUCCUUACCUCUGGACAACGCCACCUUUACUGGGGAGGCUGUGGCCUCAGUAGGUCUGAAGAACCACCUGACCUCAAAUGCCCUCAGAGAGAAGAGGUGGUGAGAGAGGAAUCCCACCCUCUUGUGGAGCUGAGACUUCGAAACCAUUGGUCACUUGUUUAUAUCCCUUGGGAAAUAGUUUAUACAAUGGACAAGCUCCAACCAAGUUCGAAAUAGAGAAGCAUGACUCAGACUGACCACAGCUAUGAAGGUCUGAAGUUUAUAGCAUUUGUCUUUUCCAGAAACAUUUAUGCCUUCUUCAGCCUUGACCUUUACCCUCCUUCCAGUGCUGCUUCUGUAGAAUAGACAGAUUAAGAACAGAUCAGCAGAAAUGUCUGUUCUGAAAAAUGUCAUGUGGUAAAUAAUGUUUUAGAAAUGUUCAAAUAUGAUUUUUGGUUGCCAUUUGGAUAUAAUGGAGGUUUUAAAAAGGAUAAAGUGUAUUGUGACUUCUAGGUUUUGGCCAUUUGUGCCGCUAGUAUUAACAAACACUUACGUAUGGAAAAACCAAUGUUAUCAGAAAUACAUGACUGUGUUUGCAUUUAGACAUAGGGCCUAUUAAUGAAUUUGGAGAAUCGUGGAAACUGAUAAAAAAAAGAGACUGGUAAUCCAGAUAAUGUCUUGAGGGGAAAAAAAUAUUACUUCCAUGUCUUUAUGUAUUCAAUUUACCAGUAAGCUCCCUGAAGCAAAUACUUUUGUGAGGGGAGCAGGGGGGUUAUCAUUAACUAGUGUUAGCUCUCAAACAUGACUGACUUUUUGGGAGACCAUCUUGGUUUACAAUCAAACUUGGUUUAUGUUUCUUGAUAUUUUUCAGAACAAAAGCCAUUAUGGUUACAUUAAUAUUUCAUUGGCUCUUGUACAGUCAGCUUGGAUUUGAGCCCUCCGCAUUACAGUCUGUCAAUGUCAUUCUCAUGAGCUCUUCCUAUUGUUGUCCUCCAUUAAGUGCAUUUGUCAGGUGGCAUACCCAUCCCCCUCUCAGGAAAGAAGUCACAUGACCUGUGCCUGUUACACAGGUCUCAUUAGCAUUGAUCACCUAGACAGGAAACGGAGGUGGAUUAAUUUUAUUUUAUAUAAUUUGUUAUAUAUUUAUAUUUUGAAAUAAUAUAUAUUUUUUAUUUGUGCAGCA